AUGGGUUGCGGUGGCUCCAAGGAAGCGUACAAUGACCCGAACGCAUAUGCCAAGCCACCAGCUGGAGGGCCACGACAACCGAUGAACUACGCUCCUCAGCAGCAGCCUCCACCCAAGCAGCAAGGCCGUGGAAAGAAGGCGGCAAAGAACUUGGGCUUCAUCAGCAUGCUUACAGGAUAG